ACCCAAAUAAAAGCCCUAUAUUCUUUUCUUCAAACCCGACCCACCCUCCUUAUUCAAUUUAGGGCUUCUAAAAUGUAUCCGAUCGUCUGAAAUUCACUCAAAACUCUGAGCUUCACAACCAUUUUUUUUACUUUUUUUUUUCUUUUCAAUUCGUCCCCAAAAAUGACGGACUCGUUCGAUGAGGAAGCUGAGCCGACUUACACAAUUGAUCAGUUUCUCGAGGGCCUCGAAGAGCAAGAAAUGGAAGCGGAUAUGGUUUUGGGGGGUGAUGAUGGCGAGGAGUGCACUUACCCAAAGGGAUAUAUGAAGAGGCAGGCAAUUUUCUCAUGCUUGACAUGCACACCAGAUGGGAAUGCUGGGGUUUGCACAGCCUGCUCUUUUUCUUGCCAUGACGGCCAUGAUGUUGUUGAGUUAUGGACCAAGAGAAACUUUAGGUGUGAUUGUGGAAAUUCUAAAUUUGGAGUGGGCUUCUGCAAGAUUUCUCCAAACAAAGAGGUUGAAAAUGCUGAGAAUUUGUACAACCAUAACUUCAGAGGUCGGUAUUGCACAUGCGAGGGCCUGUACCCUGAUCCAGAUCUUGAGGAGCAAGUUGAGAUGAUACAGUGUUGUAUCUGUGAGGAUUGGUUCCAUGAGGAACAUCUUGGUCUUCAGUCACCUGAUGAGAUUCCCAGAGACGAAGAAGGGGAGCCCAUCUAUGAGGAUUUUAUCUGCCAGGCAUGUUCUGGAGCUUGUUCUUUUUUGUCGGUUUAUCCUCAAAUCAUUUUGGCAACAUGUAAGGAUUCUGCUGCAAGCAAAAAUGAAGAGGGAUGCAUUGUAGAAAAUGCACUUCCAGCUUGUGGAUCCUCUGGUGAGCUUAAGACUGGUGGUUGUGUUGGCGAUUCUGUCAAAGCAGGCUGUACUGAGACUAAGCCUGAUGCUGAAAUUGCUGUUAAAACUCUGGAAGGAUACUCUGAGACAAAUCUGCUACUUAAAGAAUGUACUAAAGCUACCAAUGCAGCUGUUUCGUGUAUCGCUGGAGUUGAUUUGUUUGCUUCACCUCCUUCUGUGACGAACAAACCAAUGUUUCUCUCUAAGAAUUGGAGAGCCUUGCUCUGCCGCUGUGGAAACUGCACAGCCUUCUACACCCAGAAGGGAGUUGGCUUCUUGCUCGACCAUGAAGACUCAAUAGUGGAAUAUGAAAAAAUGGCCAAGCAGAAGAGGGAAGAGAAGUUGCAUCAAGAAGAAACUAGUGAUGCCAGCUUUCUCAAUGGGCUAGGCCAUGUUGAAAAAAUUGAGAUCUUGAGUGGCAUUUCUGACAUGAAAAAUGAGCUUCUUAGUUUUAUGGGGUCCCGUGAUUCAUCAAGAGCAGUCACAUCUGAUGAUAUCCACCAGGUUUUUGAGAAUCUCCGCAAGAAGCGAAGGACUGACUGAUCUCUGAUGCAUCUAGUACCUAGUGUUUUCUUCAUUUUUCUUGACUUGUUCGAGGAACUGUUGCAUGUUCCGUAGACCUGAACGCUUGAAUCUGUUCCCGGUUUAACUUGUGUUGCUGCUGGUUCUUGACUUGUUCGAGGAACUGUUGCAUGUUCAUUAAACCUGAAUGCUUGAAUCUGUUCCGGGUUUAACUUGUGUUGCUGCUGGUAUUUAUGUUUUGGACUAUUGUAACUAUAGGCAUUAAGCCGUUAUGACUCGAAUUCAGGUGUUUGCAAAUAAGUUAAAUGACUUGAAAUCUUGAA